ACUCUGGGCAGCUGCAGCAGCAGCAGCGGCGGCAACAGCAGCAGCAGCAACAGCAGCAGCAGCAGCAGCAGAAAGAGAGCCACCACCAGGCUUCACCAAGGGACCGGAGCCGGCUCCCCGGCUGAGGAGCGGAGCCAUGGCCGAUGGGGGCGAGGGCGAGGAUGAGAUACAGUUCCUGCGAACUGAUGACGAAGUGGUUUUGCAAUGUACUACGACCAUCCACAAAGAACAGCAGAAACUAUGUUUGGCAGCUGAAGGAUUUGGCAACAGACUCUGUUUCUUGGAGUCCACUUCCAAUUCUAAGAAUGUCCCUCCAGACCUAUCUAUAUGUACCUUUGUGUUGGAACAAUCCCUAUCUGUCCGAGCUCUCCAGGAGAUGCUGGCCAACACUAUGGAGAAAGCAGAAGGGAAAUUCAUGAUGAAGACUGCUCAAGGUGGUGGCCAUCGGACACUCCUAUAUGGACAUGCCAUAUUACUUCGACAUUCCUAUAGUGGUAUGUACCUCUGCUGCCUUUCCACCUCUCGGUCUUCAACAGAUAAACUGGCUUUUGAUGUUGGGUUGCAAGAAGACACAACAGGUGAAGCAUGUUGGUGGACCAUUCACCCUGCUUCCAAACAACGUUCAGAAGGAGAAAAAGUACGAGUUGGAGAUGACCUAAUUUUAGUCAGUGUGUCCUCUGAAAGAUACUUGCAUUUGUCUUAUGGCAGUGACAUCUUGCAUGUAGAUGCUGCAUUCCAACAGACCCUCUGGAGUGUGGCCCCAAUCAGUUCAGGAAGUGAAGCAGCCCAAGGAUAUCUGAUUGGGGGCGAUGUGCUCAGGUUGCUUCAUGGUCAUAUGGAUGAAUGUUUGACUGUUCCUUCAGGGGAACAUGGAGAGGAGCAACGAAGAACAGUUCAUUAUGAAGGUGGUGCCGUAUCCAUUCAUGCCCGUUCGCUUUGGAGACUCGAGACCCUAAGAGUUGCAUGGAGUGGGAGCCAUAUCAGAUGGGGUCAGCCAUUCCGACUGCGGCAUGUAACAACAGGGAAAUACUUAAGUCUCAUGGAUGACAAAAGCCUUCUACUCAUGGACAAAGAGAAAGCUGAUGUCAAAUCAACAGCAUUUAGUUUCCGGUCUUCUAAGGAAAAGCUAGACAUAGGGAUGAGAAAAGAAAUAGAUGGUAUGGGAACAUCAGAAAUAAAGUAUGGUGAUUCAGUGUGCUACAUACAACAUGUAGAUACAGGCUUAUGGCUUACUUACCAGUCUGUGGAUGUGAAAUCUGUAAGAAUGGGAUCGAUACAGCGUAAGGCUAUCAUGCAUCAUGAAGGCCAUAUGGAUGACGGCUUAAAUUUAUCCAGAUCGCAGCAUGAAGAAUCACGUACGGCACGAGUAAUCCGUAGCACAGUCUUUCUUUUCAAUAGGUUUAUAAGGGGCCUUGAUGCUCUCAGCAAGAAAGUGAAGUCUUCCACAAUAGAUUUACCAAUAGAGUCAGUAAGUCUGAGUCUGCAAGAUCUGAUUGGCUACUUCCAUCCACCAGAUGAACAUUUAGAGCAUGAAGAUAAGCAGAACCGAUUAAGAGCUCUAAAGAACCGACAGAAUCUCUUCCAAGAAGAGGGUAUGAUUAAUCUUGUCCUUGAGUGCAUAGAUCGAUUACAUGUAUAUAGCAGUGCAGCGCAUUUUGCUGAUGUAGCUGGAAAGGAAGCAGGAGAAUCUUGGAAGUCUAUACUAAACUCUUUGUAUGAGUUACUAGCGGCUCUCAUUAGAGGAAAUCGCAAAAAUUGUGCUCAAUUUUCUGGCUCCCUGGACUGGCUAAUCAGCAGAUUGGAAAGACUGGAGGCAUCCUCAGGGAUUCUAGAGGUUUUACACUGUGUAUUGGUGGAAAGUCCAGAAGCCCUGAAUAUUAUUAAAGAAGGACAUAUUAAAUCCAUUAUCUCACUUUUAGACAAACAUGGACGAAAUCACAAGGUUCUGGAUGUUUUGUGUUCUCUCUGUGUUUGCCAUGGAGUUGCUGUCCGUUCUAAUCAGCAUCUAAUCUGUGACAACCUCCUACCAGGAAGAGAUCUGCUGCUACAGACACGUCUUGUAAAUCACGUGAGCAGCAUGAGGCCCAAUAUUUUCCUUGGCAUCAGUGAAGGGUCAGCUCAAUAUAAGAAAUGGUAUUAUGAACUCAUGGUAGACCACACAGAACCUUUUGUGACAGCUGAAGCAACGCACCUCCGAGUAGGUUGGGCUUCAACAGAAGGUUAUUCACCCUAUCCUGGGGGUGGUGAAGAAUGGGGCGGAAAUGGUGUUGGAGAUGAUUUGUUCUCCUAUGGAUUUGAUGGACUUCAUCUAUGGUCAGGCUGCAUAGCACGGACAGUGAAUUCACCAAACCAACACCUGUUGAGAACAGAUGAUGUUAUCAGCUGCUGUUUAGAUCUAAGUGCCCCAAGCAUUUCAUUCAGAAUCAAUGGACAGCCAGUUCAAGGAAUGUUUGAGAAUUUCAACAUUGAUGGCCUCUUCUUUCCAGUUGUUAGUUUCUCAGCAGGAAUAAAGGUGCGUUUUCUCCUUGGGGGUCGACAUGGAGAGUUCAAAUUCCUUCCUCCACCUGGUUAUGCUCCUUGCUUUGAAGCUGUCUUGCCAAAAGAAAAGUUGAAAGUGGAGCACAGUCGAGAAUACAAACAAGAGCGAACAUACUCAAGAGAUCUUUUGGGCCCUACUGUUUCUUUAACACAAGCAGCCUUCACACCAAUCCCUGUGGAUACUAGCCAGAUUGUUUUGCCUCCUCAUCUGGAAAGAAUCAGAGAAAAACUAGCUGAGAACAUCCAUGAGUUAUGGGUUAUGAAUAAAAUUGAACUUGGCUGGCAAUAUGGACCGGUCAGAGAUGACAACAAGAGACAACACCCCUGCUUGGUAGAAUUUUCUAAGCUUCCAGAACAGGAACGCAAUUACAAUUUACAGAUGUCCCUUGAGACCCUCAAGACUUUGUUGGCCUUAGGCUGUCAUGUGGGAAUAUCAGAUGAGCAUGCUGAAGAAAAAGUGAAAAAAAUGAAACUUCCAAAGAAUUAUCAGUUAACAAGUGGUUACAAGCCUGCUCCAAUGGAUCUGAGCUUUAUAAAACUCACCCCCUCCCAAGAAGCAAUGGUGGAUAAGUUGGCUGAAAAUGCUCACAAUGUAUGGGCUCGAGAUCGCAUCAGGCAAGGUUGGACUUAUGGCAUCCAGCAGGAUGUAAAGAACCGAAGAAACCCUCGCCUAGUUCCCUAUGCUCUAGAUGACCGUACCAAGAAAUCAAAUAAAGACAGCCUCAGGGAGGCUGUCCGUACACUGCUGGGUUAUGGUUAUAACCUAGAAGCUCCUGAUCAAGAUCAUGCCACUAGAACUGAAGUAUGCAGUGGCACUGGAGAAAAGUUCCGAAUUUUCCGUGCUGAGAAGACUUAUGCUGUGAAGACAGGAGAGUGGUAUUUUGAGUUUGAGGCUGUCACUGCUGGAGACAUGAGAGUUGGCUGGAGUAGGCCAGGUUGCCAACCUGAUCAGGAACUUGGCUCUGAUGAACGAGCUUUUGCUUUUGAUGGCUUCAAGGCACAACGUUGGCAUCAGGGCAGUGAGCAUUAUGGGCGCUCAUGGCAAGCAGAGAUGCUAGUAGGCUGUAUGGUUGACAUGAAUGAACACACCAUGAUGUUCACCCUGAAUUGUGAAAUCCUCCUAGAUGACUCUGGUUGACUGGCCUUCAAGGACUUUGAGGUUGUUGAUGGAUUCAUACCAGUAUGCAGCCUAGGUGUAGCUCAAGUAGGACGGAUGAACUUUGGGAAGGAUGUCAGCACCUUGAAAUAUUUCACCAUCUGUGGGUUACAAGAGGGCUAUGAACCAUUUGCUGUUAAUACAAACCGGGAUAUUACAAUGUGGCUAAGCAAAAGGCUUCCUCAGUUUCUUCAAGUACCUUCAAACCAUGAACACAUCGAGGUGACCAGGAUAGACGGCACUAUAGACAGCUCUCCAUGUGUAAAGGUUACUCAGUAAUCUUUCAGAUCACAGAACAGCAGCACAGAUAUCAUGUUUAACCGCUUGAGCAUGCCAAUAGAGUGGGCAGAAGUGUUCUCCAAAACUGCUGCAGGAGGCCUACCGGGCAACACUUUUGGCCCAAAGAAUGACUUGGAGGAUUAUGAUGCAGAUUCUUGAUUUAAGUUGCUAAUGAAGAAAGCUCUUGGUCAUUUGGUACCAGACAGUGGUAGAAAAAGAAAAAGAAGCCACAAAACCAAGUUCAAUAACCACAAAGAUUAUGCUCAGGAGAAACCUUCUCGUCUGAAACAAAGGUUUAUGCUCAGAAGGACAAAACCAGAUUAUAGCACAAGCCAUUCUGCAAGACUCACUGAAGAUGUUCUUGCAGAUGACAGGGAUGAUUAUGAUUACUUGAUGCAGACCUCUACGUAUUAUUAUUCAGUGCGAAUUUUUCCUGGGCAAGAACCUGCUAAUGUUUGGGUAGGCUGGAUUACAUCAGAUUUCCAUCAGUAUGACACAGUUUUUGACUUGGACAGAGUUCGGACAGUAACAGUUACUCUGGGAGAUGAAAAAGGAAAAGUACAUGAAAGCAUCAAACGCAGCAACUGCUAUAUGGUGUGUGCGGGUGAGAGCAUGAGCCCUGGGCAAGGACGCAACAAUAAUGGAUUGGAGAUCGGCUGUGUAGUGGAUGCUGCCAGUGGGUUGCUUACCUUUACUGCAAAUGGCAAGGAACUGAGCACAUAUUACCAGGUAGAGCCAAGUACAAAAUUAUUUCCUGCAGUUUUCGCACAAGCUACAAGUCCUAAUGUUUUCCAGUUUGAGUUAGGAAGGAUAAAGAAUGUAAUGCCUCUGUCAGCUGGAUUAUUCAAGAGUGAACAUAAAAACCCUAUCCCACAGUGCCCUCCACGUCUCCAUGUACAGUUUCUCACACAUGUUCUUUGGAGCAGGAUGCCAAACCAAUUUCUGAAAGUGGAUGUUUCCCGAAUCAGUGAACGCCAAGGCUGGCUGGUGCAGUGUGUGGAUCCUUUGCAGUUCAUGUCCCUUCAUAUCCCAGAGGAGAACAGGUCUGUAGAUAUAUUGGAAUUGACAGAACAAGAGGAAUUGUUGAAGUUUCACUAUCAUACCCUCCGAUUAUACUCAGCUGUCUGUGCUCUUGGAAACAACAGAGUGGCCCAUGCCUUAUGUAGCCACGUGGAUGAACCCCAGCUUCUCUAUGCCAUUGAGAACAAGUACAUGCCAGGCCUGUUGCGCACAGGCUAUUAUGACCUGCUUAUUGAUAUUCAUCUUAGCUCCUAUGCCACAGCUAGACUGAUGAUGAACAAUGAAUUCAUUGUCCCCAUGACAGAUGAGACAAAGAGUAUUACACUUUUUCCUGAUGAAAACAAAAAGCAUGGCCUCCCAGGGAUAGGCCUCAGCAAUUCCUUGAGGCCAAGGAUGCAGUUUUCAUCUCCCAGUUUUGUAAGCAUUAGUAAUGAGUACUACCAAUUUAGUCCCGAGUUCCCACUGGACAUCUUAAAAUCCAAGACCAUACAGAUGCUGACAGAAGCUGUUAAGGAGGGCAGCCUCCAUGCUCGGGACCCAGUAGGGGGGACCACUGAAUUCCUCUUUGUACCUCUCAUUAAACUUUUCUACACCCUACUAAUCAUGGGCAUAUUUAAUAAUGAGGACUUGAAACACAUUUUGCAGUUGAUUGAACCUAGUGUGUUUAAAGAAGCUGCCAGUCGUGAGGAAGAGAAUGAAGUGCUGGAAAAGGAACUUAACAUUGAAGACCCAGUGCUGGAAGGAGGAAGUGAAGAAGAGACCAAAGGAGAAAAGAUGCCCAAGGAAGGAUUGCUUCAAAUGAAACUUCCUGAGCCUGUUAAAUUACAGAUGUGUCUUCUACUUCAAUACCUCUGUGACUGCCAGGUACGGCACAGGAUAGAAGCCAUUGUUGCCUUCUCAGAUGAUUUUGUAGCUAAGCUUCAAGAUAAUCAACGUUUUCGAUAUAAUGAAGUUAUGCAGGCCUUAAACAUGUCUGCAGCAUUAACAGCUAGAAAAACAAAGGAAUUUCGAUCUCCACCUCAAGAACAGAUCAAUAUGCUCCUGAAUUUUAAAGAUGAGAAAAAUGAAUGUCCAUGUCCAGAAGACAUUAGGGACCACCUCUUAGAUUUCCAUGAAGAUUUGAUGACACAUUGUGGAAUUGAACUGGAUGAAGAUGGAGCUCUGGAUGGAAAUAGUGAUUUAACAAUUAGAGGACGACUUCUUUACUUGGUAGAAAAAGUGACAUACCUAAAGAAGAAACAAACAGAGAAACCAGUUGAAAAUGACUCCAAGAAGCCCUCCACCCUUCAGCAGCUGAUCUCUGAGACAAUGGUGCGGUGGGCUCAGGAGUCUGUCAUUGAAGACCCUGAGUUGGUGAGGGCCAUGUUUGUCUUACUACAUCGCCAAUAUGAUGGCAUUGGCGGUUUGGUUCGGGCAUUACCAAAGACUUAUACCAUAAAUGGAGUCUCAGUGGAAGAUACCAUCAACUUGCUGGCAUCACUUGGACAAAUUCGUUCUCUGCUAAGUGUCAGGAUGGGCAAAGAAGAAGAGAAGCUCAUGAUCCGUGGAUUAGGAGAUAUCAUGAACAACAAAGUAUUUUACCAACACCCCAAUCUGAUGCGGGCACUGGGAAUGCAUGAAACAGUAAUGGAAGUAAUGGUCAAUGUCCUUGGAGGUGGCGAGUCCAAGGAAAUCACCUUUCCUAAGAUGGUGGCCAACUGUUGUCGUUUUCUGUGUUAUUUCUGCCGUAUAAGUCGGCAGAAUCAGAAAGCAAUUGAUCAUCUUAGUUAUUCUGAAAACAGCAGUGUUGGUCUUGCUUCCCCAGCAAUGAGGGGCUCAACACCACUUGAUGUGGCAGCAGCAUCAGUAAUGGAUAACAAUGAAUUGGCUUUAGCUUUACGUGAACCUGACCUGGAAAAGGUAGUUCGAUACCUGGCUGGUUGUGGAUUGCAGAGCUGCCAGAUGUUGGUUACCAAGGGUUACCCAGACAUUGGGUGGAAUCCAGUUGAAGGGGAGAGAUACUUGGACUUUCUAAGAUUUGCUGUCUUCUGUAAUGGGGAGAGUGUAGAAGAAAAUGCUAAUGUUGUGGUAAGAUUGCUAAUCCGGAGGCCCGAGUGUUUUGGUCCAGCCUUAAGAGGGGAAGGUGGCAAUGGUCUUCUUGCAGCCAUGGAAGAAGCUAUAAAAAUAGCAGAGGAUCCUUCUAGAGAUGGCCCAUCACCUACUAAUGGAUCCAGCAAAACCCUUGAUUUGGUAACCGAAGAAGAUGACACUAUCCACAUGGGAAAUGCCAUAAUGACCUUUUAUGCAGCUUUGAUUGACCUGCUUGGACGCUGUGCUCCUGAAAUGCAUUUGAUCCAUGCUGGCAAAGGAGAGGCUAUUAGGAUCAGGUCUAUUCUGAGAUCCUUAAUUCCACUGGGAGAUUUGGUGGGAGUCAUCAGCAUUGCUUUCCAGAUGCCAACAAUAGCUAAAGAUGGAAAUGUGGUGGAACCUGACAUGUCAGCAGGGUUUUGCCCAGAUCACAAGGCAGCCAUGGUUUUAUUCCUUGACAGGGUCUAUGGAAUUGAGGUUCAAGAUUUUCUUCUUCAUCUUCUUGAGGUUGGCUUUCUGCCAGACCUCCGAGCUGCUGCUUCUUUGGACACGGCUGCUCUUAGUGCCACAGACAUGGCCUUGGCUCUCAAUCGGUAUCUUUGCACUGCAGUCUUGCCUUUGUUGACAAGGUGUGCUCCUCUUUUUGCUGGCACUGAGCACCAUGCUUCCCUCAUAGACUCACUGCUUCAUACAGUGUACAGGCUGUCUAAGGGCUGUUCUCUUACAAAAGCUCAGAGAGAUUCCAUUGAAGUCUGUCUUCUCUCUAUUUGUGGCCAGUUGAGACCUUCCAUGAUGCAACACUUGUUAAGAAGAUUAGUUUUUGAUGUUCCAUUAUUAAAUGAACAUGCUAAGAUGCCUCUUAAGCUGCUGACAAAUCAUUAUGAGAGAUGCUGGAAGUAUUACUGCCUGCCUGGAGGCUGGGGGAACUUUGGUGCUGCCUCAGAAGAAGAGCUUCAUUUGUCAAGAAAGUUGUUCUGGGGCAUUUUUGAUGCCCUUUCUCAAAAGAAAUAUGAACAAGAAUUAUUCAAGCUGGCAUUGCCCUGUCUCAGUGCCGUUGCAGGAGCUUUACCUCCCGACUACAUGGAGUCAAACUAUGUCAGUAUGAUGGAAAAGCAGUCAUCAAUGGAUUCUGAGGGAAACUUUAACCCACAGCCUGUUGAUACCUCAAACAUCACAAUUCCUGAAAAGUUAGAAUACUUCAUUAACAAAUAUGCAGAACAUUCACAUGACAAAUGGUCAAUGGAAAAGUUGGCAAAUGGAUGGAUUUAUGGCGAAAUAUAUUCAGAUUCUUCUAAAGUUCAACCAUUAAUGAAACCAUAUAAACUUUUGUCUGAAAAGGAAAAAGAAAUUUAUCGCUGGCCAAUCAAAGAGUCUUUAAAAACUAUGCUUGCUUGGGGAUGGAGAAUUGAAAGAACCAGAGAGGGAGACAGCAUGGCCCUUUAUACUCGGACACGACGCAUCUCCCAGACAAGCCAGGUUUCUAUUGAUACUGCCCAUGGUUACAGCCCCCGAGCUAUUGACAUGAGCAAUGUUACCCUCUCGAGAGAUCUUCAUGCAAUGGCAGAAAUGAUGGCUGAAAAUUAUCAUAACAUAUGGGCAAAGAAAAAGAAACUGGAACUCGAGGCCAAAGGAGGUGGCAACCAUCCCCUUCUGGUACCUUAUGAUACUUUGACCGCCAAAGAAAAAGCCAAGGAUAGAGAGAAAGCACAGGAUAUUCUCAAGUUCUUACAGAUAAAUGGCUAUGCAGUAUCCAGGGGAUUUAAGGACUUGGAAUUGGAUACACCUUCAAUUGAGAAACGCUUUGCCUAUAGUUUUCUUCAACAACUUAUCAGAUAUGUGGAUGAAGCUCAUCAAUAUAUCUUGGAGUUUGAUGGUGGCAGCAGAAGCAAAGGAGAACAUUUUCCUUACGAACAGGAAAUCAAAUUCUUUGCUAAAGUUGUGCUUCCUUUAAUCGAUCAGUAUUUCAAAAACCAUCGCUUAUACUUCUUAUCAGCAGCAAGCAGGCCUCUCAGCACUGGAGGACAUGCAUCCAACAAGGAAAAAGAAAUGGUGACUAGCCUAUUCUGCAAACUUGGAGUUCUUGUCAGGCAUAGGAUUUCACUGUUUGGAAAUGAUGCCUCUUCAAUUGUCAACUGCCUUCAUAUUUUGGGUCAGACUUUGGAUGCAAGGACUGUGAUGAAAACUGGCAUGGAGAGUGUUAAAACAGCAUUGAGAGCAUUUUUGGAUAAUGCAGCUGAGGAUUUGGAAAAAACCAUGGAAAAUCUUAAACAAGGACAAUUCACUCACACCAGAAACCAGCCAAAAGGAGUGACUCAAAUUAUUAAUUAUACCACAGUGGCUCUCUUGCCAAUGCUGUCCUCACUGUUUGAACAUAUUGGACAACAUCAAUUUGGAGAAGACCUAAUAUUGGAAGAUGUACAGGUUUCUUGUUAUAGAAUCCUGACUAGCUUAUAUGCUCUGGGAACAAGCAAGAGUAUCUAUGUGGAAAGGCAGCGAUCUGCAUUAGGAGAAUGCCUGGCUGCUUUUGCUGGUGCUUUCCCUGUGGCUUUUUUGGAAACUCAUCUGAACAAACACAAUACUUAUUCAAUCUAUAACACUAAGUCUACAAGAGAAAGAACAGCUCUCAAUUUGCCAACUAGUGUGGAAGAGGUUUGUCCAAAUAUACCAUCUUUGGAGAAGCUAAUGGAUGAAAUUGUAGAACUUGCAGAGUCUGGAAUUCGCUAUACACAAAUGCCACAUGUGAUGGAAGUUAUACUGCCCAUGCUUUGUAGCUAUAUGUCCCGGUGGUGGGAACAUGGACCUGAAAACAAUCCUGACAGGGCAGAUACUUGUUGUACAGCCCUGAACUCAGAACAUAUGAACACACUUCUAGGGAAUAUAUUGAAAAUCAUUUAUAACAAUCUGGGUAUUGAUGAAGGAGCUUGGAUGAAGAGAUUAGCAGUGUUUUCCCAGCCUAUCAUAAACAAAGUAAAUUCCCAACUUUUGAAGUCACACUUCCUGCCAUUGAUGGAGAAACUCAAGAAUAAAGCAGCUAUAGUAGUAUCUGAUGAAGACCACCUCAAAGCUGAGGCCAGGGGUGACAUGUCUGAGGCUGAGCUUCUCAUUCUAGAUGAAUUCACCACCCUGGCACGAGAUCUUUAUGCCUUCUAUCCUUUGUUAAUUAGAUUUGUGGACUUCAACAGAGCAAAGUGGCUAAAAGAACCAAAUUCUGAAGCAGAGGAGUUAUUCCGCAUGGUGGCCGAAGUGUUCAUCUACUGGUCAAAGUCUCAUAAUUUCAAAAGAGAAGAACAGAACUUUGUGGUUCAGAAUGAAAUCAACAAUAUGUCUUUUCUUAUUACUGAUACCAAGUCAAAGAUGUCAAAGGCAGCAGUCACAGAUCAGGAAAGGAAGAAAAUGAAACGCAAAGGAGACAGAUAUUCUAUGCAGACCUCACUCAUUGUAGCAGCCCUGAAGAGAUUACUGCCAAUUGGACUGAAUAUUUGUGCACCUGGAGACCAAGAAUUAAUUGCCCUAGCCAAAAACCGGUUUAGUAUGAAAGACACAGAAGAUGAAGUGCGUGAUAUUAUCCGCAGUAAUCUUCAUCUACAGGGCAAGUUAGAGGAUCCAGCUAUUAGGUGGCAGAUGGCACUUUACAAAGACUUACCAAACAGAACCGAAGAAACCUCAGACCCUGAGAAGACAGUAGAAAGAGUAUUGGACAUAGCUAAUGUGCUUUUUCACCUUGAACAGGUAGAGCAUCCACAGCGGUCUAAAAAGGCUGUAUGGCACAAACUGCUUUCUAAGCAGAGAAAACGAGCAGUAGUGGCCUGUUUCCGGAUGGCUCCAUUAUAUAAUCUCCCAAGGCAUCGGGCUGUCAAUCUCUUUCUUCAAGGAUAUGAAAAGUCUUGGAUUGAGACAGAAGAACAUUACUUUGAGGAUAAACUUAUAGAAGAUUUAGCAAAACCUGGAAUAGAACCACCAGAAGAAGAUGAAGGCAUAAAGAAAGUUGAUCCUCUGCAUCAGCUGAUUCUCCUGUUUAGUAGAACAGCCUUAACAGAGAAAUGUAAAUUGGAAGAAGAUUUCCUAUAUAUGGCUUAUGCAGAUAUUAUGGCCAAGAGCUGUCAUGAUGAGGAAGAUGACGAUGGUGAAGAAGAAGUUAAGAGUUUUGAAGAAAAAGAAAUGGAAAAGCAAAAACUCCUCUACCAGCAAGCACGAUUACAUGACAGAGGGGCUGCUGAAAUGGUUCUACAGACGAUCAGUGCCAGCAAAGGUGAAACUGGACCAAUGGUAGCUGCUACCCUAAAGCUUGGAAUUGCCAUCUUAAAUGGGGGAAAUUCUACAGUACAACAGAAAAUGCUUGACUACCUCAAGGAGAAAAAGGAUGUGGGCUUCUUUCAGAGCCUUGCUGGCCUGAUGCAGUCAUGUAGUGUCCUUGACCUCAAUGCAUUCGAGAGACAAAACAAAGCAGAAGGACUUGGAAUGGUGACAGAGGAAGGAUCAGGAGAAAAGGUACUGCAAGAUGAUGAAUUCACCUGUGACCUCUUCCGCUUCCUCCAGUUGCUUUGUGAAGGACACAGCUCAGAUUUUCAGAAUUAUCUGCGAACUCAGACUGGUAAUAAUACAACUGUUAAUAUAAUCAUCUCCACAGUGGACUACCUCCUGAGAGUUCAGGAAUCAAUUAGUGAUUUUUAUUGGUAUUACUCUGGGAAAGAUGUAAUUGAUGAACAAGGACAACGAAACUUUUCCAAAGCAAUUCAAGUGGCAAAACAGGUCUUCAACACUCUUACAGAAUAUAUCCAAGGUCCAUGCACUGGGAAUCAGCAGAGUUUGGCACAUAGCAGGCUUUGGGAUGCAGUGGUUGGUUUUCUUCAUGUAUUUGCCCAUAUGCAAAUGAAGUUGUCUCAGGAUUCCAGCCAAAUUGAGUUGUUGAAAGAAUUAAUGGAUCUUCAGAAGGACAUGGUGGUCAUGUUGCUGUCCAUGUUGGAAGGUAAUGUUGUUAACGGAACCAUUGGCAAACAGAUGGUUGAUAUGCUGGUCGAAUCUUCCAACAACGUAGAGAUGAUUCUAAAGUUUUUUGACAUGUUUUUAAAACUAAAAGAUUUAACUUCUUCAGAUACAUUCAAAGAAUAUGACCCUGAUGGCAAGGGCAUCAUUUCCAAAAGGGACUUCCAUAAAGCAAUGGAGAGUCAUAAGCACUACACUCAAUCUGAAACUGAAUUUCUUCUGUCUUGUGCGGAAACAGAUGAAAAUGAAACCUUAGAUUAUGAAGAGUUUGUGAAGCGUUUCCAUGAACCUGCCAAGGACAUCGGAUUCAAUGUUGCUGUCCUCCUGACCAACCUUUCUGAACACAUGCCCAAUGAUACCCGACUGCAGACUUUCUUAGAAUUAGCAGAAAGUGUACUGAAUUAUUUUCAGCCUUUUCUAGGCCGCAUUGAGAUUAUGGGCAGUGCAAAACGCAUUGAAAGAGUUUAUUUUGAAAUCAGUGAGUCCAGUAGAACCCAGUGGGAGAAGCCACAAGUCAAAGAGUCCAAAAGGCAGUUUAUUUUUGAUGUGGUCAAUGAAGGAGGGGAGAAGGAAAAGAUGGAACUUUUUGUUAAUUUCUGUGAGGAUACCAUCUUUGAAAUGCAGCUAGCUGCGCAGAUCUCAGAAUCAGAUUUGAAUGAACGGUCAGUGAACAAAGAAGAAACUGAGAAAGAGAAGCCUGAAGAACAGGAACCUCGAAUGGGUUUUUUUUCCAUUGUGACUGUUAAAUCAGCUCUCCUGGCCCUUAGGUAUAACAUUUUAACCCUGAUGAGAAUGCUCAGUUUAAAGAGCCUUAAAAAACAGAUGAAGAAAAUAAAGAAAAUGACCAUGAAAGAUCUGGUCAUGGCCCUCUUUUCUUCCUAUUGGAGUAUUUUGGUGAGCCUCUUGCAUUUCAUAUCCAGUGUUUUAAGAGGCUUCUUUCGUAUCAUGUGCAGCUUGCUGCUGGGAAGUAGCCUGGUAGAAGGUGCUAAAAAGAUCAAAGUUGCAGAACUUUUGGCCAAUAUGCCAGACCCUACCCAGGAUGAGGUGCGAGGUGAGGGAGAAGAGGGAGAAAGAAAGGCUAUAGAAAGUGCCCUGCCCAGUGAAGAUCUAACUGACCUAAAGGAAUUAACAGAGGAAAGUGACUUACUGUCAGAUAUUUUUGGUUUAGACCUGAAGAGAGAAGGAGGACAAUAUAAACUAAUCCCUCACAAUCCAAAUGCUGGCCUGAGUGAUUUAAUGAGUAACCCAGUACCUGUCCCUGAAGUUCAAGAAAAAUGCCAGGAACAGAAAGUGAAAGAAGAUGAAAAGGAAGAGAAAGAAGAAACGAAAUCCGAACCUGAAAAAGCAGAGGGAGAAGAUGGAGAAAAGGAGGAAAAAAACAAAGAAGAUAAAGGCAAACAAAAGUUAAGGCAACUUCAUACACAUAGAUAUGGAGAACCAGAAGUCCCUGAGUCAGCAUUUUGGAAAAAAAUCAUAGCCUAUCAACAAAAACUCUUAAACUACUUUGCUCGCAACUUUUACAACAUGAGGAUGUUAGCCCUAUUUGUUGCAUUUGCAAUCAACUUUAUCCUGCUCUUUUAUAAGGUCUCCACUUCUUCUGUGGUAGAAGGAAAGGAAAUUCCUUCCCCAAGUGCAAGUGAAAAUUCCAGAAUAAGUAGUCUGGAUAGCACAGCACAUCGACUCAUAACAGUACACUAUGUUCUAGAGGAGAGCAGUGGCUAUAUGGAACCUACACUUCGGAUCCUCGCUAUUCUCCACACAGUUAUCUCCUUCUUCUGCAUCAUUGGAUACUACUGCUUGAAAGUUCCAUUGGUUAUUUUUAAGCGAGAAAAGGAAGUAGCACGGAAAUUGGAAUUUGAUGGACUUUACAUUACAGAACAGCCUUCUGAAGAUGAUAUUAAAGGCCAGUGGGAUAGACUUGUAAUUAAUACUCAAUCAUUUCCCAACAACUACUGGGACAAAUUUGUAAAAAGAAAGGUUAUGGAUAAGUAUGGAGAGUUCUAUGGCCGAGAUAGAAUCAGUGAAUUACUAGGCAUGGAUAAAGCCGCUCUAGAUUUCAGUGAUGCGCGAGAAAAGAAAAAGCCAAAGAAAGACAGCUCCUUAUCAGCUGUGUUGAAUUCAAUUGAUGUGAAGUAUCAGAUGUGGAAAUUAGGAGUUGUUUUCACUGAUAAUUCAUUCCUCUAUUUAGCCUGGUACAUGACCAUGUCUGUCCUUGGACAUUACAAUAACUUCUUUUUUGCUGCACAUCUCCUUGACAUUGCUAUGGGAUUCAAGACAUUACGUACCAUCUUGUCUUCAGUGACACACAAUGGCAAACAGCUUGUGCUGACUGUGGGAUUACUGGCUGUUGUCGUUUACCUAUACACAGUUGUGGCAUUCAAUUUUUUCCGAAAGUUCUACAAUAAAAGUGAAGAUGGAGAUACACCAGAUAUGAAAUGUGAUGAUAUGCUAACGUGCUAUAUGUUCCACAUGUAUGUUGGGGUACGUGCUGGUGGUGGUAUUGGGGAUGAAAUUGAAGAUCCAGCAGGAGAUGAAUAUGAGAUCUAUCGAAUCAUCUUUGAUAUUACCUUCUUCUUUUUUGUAAUUGUCAUUCUUCUGGCCAUCAUACAAGGUUUAAUUAUUGAUGCCUUUGGUGAAUUAAGAGAUCAGCAAGAACAAGUUAAAGAAGACAUGGAGACUAAGUGCUUCAUCUGUGGGAUAGGCAAUGAUUAUUUCGAUACAGUGCCACAUGGUUUUGAAACACACACACUACAGGAACACAACUUGGCUAAUUAUCUGUUUUUUCUGAUGUAUCUCAUAAACAAAGAUGAAACAGAGCACACAGGACAGGAAUCUUAUGUAUGGAAGAUGUAUCAAGAAAGGUGUUGGGAGUUUUUCCCUGCAGGUGACUGCUUCCGAAAACAAUAUGAAGACCAGCUCAAUUAAAGUCAGAAUGUAUUCAACUCUUGAAAACAGAUUCCUCUCUCUCAAGUCAAUUUUGUAGAUCACUGAAGUUCUAUGCUUUCAGGAAUCCCUGAAACUUUCUUUGUGAGGAUCUGACUGUACUUUUCCCCCCACCCUGUGUAUUUUCUUUGAGAACACAGACUGAAGAACAAUCCAAAUUCACACACAUACACACACAGAAAUAGCUCUGGAAGAAAACAUCAUUCCAGACACUCUCUACAACCAUACAUAACAUAUAAACACAGAAAGUUUUCUUCUUCUGAGACUGCCAGAAGACUCUUUGGGCUAUGAGACAUCCACAUUCAUUCAGUCUCUUAAUUUCAUCAUCCUGGAAGGAACUAUUUAUAGUUCACAGAGCACUGGAGCACUGUAAUGGAUUCUUGUGGACACCAGUCAUGAUGGGAAAUAGUGCCUUACUAUAUGUGGGUUGAGCUAUGCAGAAGAUGAGUGCAUGAAAAAAAACAUCUUUAUUUUCUUUAUGUCGUCCCUUUCUUCUCAUUUAGAUUUAUUUUGUGAGUUGUUUUGCUUUUCUUUCUUUUUAUAUUAGUUUUGGUGGGGGAGGGUAACAAAAGAAGUUUGAUUGUGCACUUUUUUAACAGAUCUAUGGUGUGUCUCAGGACAAGCAUUGUCGGCGAUUCUCAUUCAGCUAUAUUCACUUUGACCCUCCCCAUUUGCUCUUGCUCUUUUUUUGGUAAUGCUCUGAUGCAGCACUGCAACUUUAUGAAAUCUUUGUAUGAAAACAAAAAGACUGCAAAAACACACUUUCAAAAGAAAUAAUUCAUUGCAUGUUUAUUAUGCAAGUUUAAACAAAGAAAAGCUUCAGAAGCAAGUUGAUCAACGUGAGAGAAUUUUCACAAUAAUUAUAUUCAUAGUAAUAAAGUGUUGUGGGCUUUAUUGUACAUUUGGAGCCGGUGUCAUCAGCCAACAAUGUGAUAUGUUAUGAACUUGACAGUAGUUUUGGAUUUUUCCCUUUUUUUUGCCACCUGUGAUUGGUUGUGGAAUAAGGACUUUCUUCGUGUCAGGCCAUUUUUAAAAAUCAAAGCUGAAGCAAUAUCCAUUCAGGGAUUUCAUCAGUUGCAUCACAGAACAUGGAUGAUGAUGAUGAUGUAUACAUCAUUCCAUUUUGAGUCCUUUUAAAUUGUAAUGCCAAUAUUUACAAAUAAAAAGAAAGAUUCAGAAUGGAAGCAAGAUCAUUUUGCUAACAUUGGAGCUCUUUUACUACCAAAUCUGCCUGUUAAUUUUAGAAUUGUAAAACUGCUCUGAUUAAACUAUUUAACUAACUUGGCUCACUCUUCCUUCUCUGUUUCCCAUGAAGCAGGGACAUACUCUCAAAACUUUUUUUUUUAAUGUAUUGGGGACUUUGUAUUUGGAAUGCAUUUAUAAUAUUCCUAGAUAUAUUCUGCAUUUUAGUCUUUUGAUUUGUCACAUUCUAUUCCUUAUAGCUAGGGAGGACCACAGUUAACAAGUCUUUGCUUUGAGUCAUGCUCAAGGGAUAGAUCAUUAACAUUAUUGUCUCAUGUGUCUCUUUUUAUGUUCCAGUCCAUCCAUCUGACACAAUUAUCUCAGACAGUAGAAAUAAUAGUCUAAAAGGGCAGCAUUAUUUGACCCUGGAAAGAGCUUCUCAUCCCCAAUCAUGUUCUGUAUUACCUGCUUUUCUCUUCUCAGAUAAUGAGUGGUUAUGGGGCCCUUUAGAAGGGCCCCUGCCCCAGUAUGUAACAGUAUGUGUCCAUUUGUUUAGGAGAAUUUAAUUUGGGAAAGAUAUAAGUUAAGUGACAUGCCAGGGUCACACAGCUAGU